AUGCUGAGUGACCAAACCAACUUCUUUACUUUUGUGGAUGGAUCGAAGAGUGAUGCGACAUCGCCAAGUCAGCCGAGCCUUGAAUUGCAGCCUGCGGAGAGUACAGCAUGCGGCGAAAACGGGACCGGUGCUGUGGAGCUGCUGGAAGCGAAAUUUAAAGGGGUGGCCAAUGAUAGCGAUAUCGGUUCCGAUUGUACAAUAGUUGAGCCUGUGAAAGUUGAGUCUAACCCUGCAGUAAAUGGGAAAGCUGAAAUCGUGGAUUGUGAAUUAAUAUCUUCUGCUUCGGAGGCGAUUAGCGUAGACAGGCCUACAACUACUGCCGUUACAGAUGAGACUGAAAUUACGAUACCGAUCGCAAUAACUCCCGAGGAAAGUCUGCCUCUCGAGAAGGAAUGUAAGGAUGCGCACGCAGAUAUAAUUGUGUUGGAUGGCAGUCCAGUGAAACCGGAGGCACGGCCGAAAUCGGAGGCACCGCCUCCAUUGAGCUCCGUGUCGAAGAUGAUCCCUCUGGCGAAUAGCGAUAUCAAGGGUGUGUCUGACAGCAACACAGAACUCACGCACAGGUACAAACACGAUAACGUGCAAUCAACACCUGUUGUCUCGACAACCACUGUCCCGACAAUCACUGUCCCGACCCCACGCGUGCACCUUCAGGGAACACAGGUUCCCCACAUCGCCGCUUCUGCACUGCCGCCGCAACUUCGCGCGUAUUCGCGUGCUCGCACUACUAUCACCAACGUACUACUUCCACAGCAGCCGCAAACACAAGAUGUACAACACCAUCUCAACCGGCAGCAACAGGCACAGGCACACGUACAGUCAUCACAGAUAGAUACCAGCUUACAGAAACAACCUACGGCGCGCACGGUGUUCCAUUCACAUUCAGCUGAGCCAACACCAACACAGGAUGUGCCGUCUACACCCAAUGAAACGCCUGAUGCACAGACGACAGCGCAAGCGCAGAAGCGAGUCAACGAAGACAUACAGGAGACAAAGAGACCGAAAAAGAAGAUUAAGAAAUUGACUUCCAAGCAGUUGCAGAAGCAACAGGAUGACGAGAAAGCAUUGCUGGCCGCGACAACACGUGCCCUGAAGUUAAAUCCCGCUCUCGCAGCGUACUACCAUUUAUGGGGCGAAGUGCUGAAGAUAGAAGCCAAAACCGUAGACGAAAGAGGUCUUCAGAAUCUUAGGACCAAGACUCCGGACACGCUUUUAUAUGAUGGUUUUCUCGUCAUCGGAGCUUCGGCAACAAAGUUCAACUCUCAGCUGCAGUUCCGCUUUGAUGACAGUCGGAGAGUCAAAUUUUGGCCUGGGGAUAUAGUAUUUGUCACACGCACUGACUUGGCCAAGCACGUGCGCAUCUCCAAGGGGACUGUUGAGCGGUGCUCAAACGGUUCCAUUGUGGCCUCUAUGAUGGAGGAACCGGCCGACAUCUUGAAUGGCAAAUGGAAUUUGUAUAGAUUACAGAGCUCUACAGCCGAACAGCGAGUUAAAGAUGCGAUGAAUAUAUUUACCUCUCAAUCGUACGAUGGUCCAGACUGGCUGCGUACCUUGGUAGUGCCUACUGGAAUCCACAUGCUGUCCGAAGGCAAGCAAUCGCCCGAUCCUGCUUUUGGCGUCUGCCUGGUCAAAAUUCCAGCCAAAUCAAGUGGCACCAAAGGCAUUCCCGGUGUGGGGUCGCGGCAGACGUCUACAAGUGUGGCGCAGAGUAUGAAGCGGGUACUCAAGCCCGCCCAAGUGAAGAUUGUGAAUGAAAUUAUGAACGGCACUGAUGGUGGAGCAAGAAAAAUGAAUAUCUCACAACGAAAGGCUGUGAUGGCUACAUUAUCCUCCAAUUUCUCACUGAUCGAUGGUCCUCCGGGUACUGGAAAGACGCACACGUCUGUGGGGCUGGUCAGAGCAUGGCGUCGGCUAUAUGAGAACGAAGGUCCAGUAUUGGUUGUAGCGCAAAGUCACACAGCCGCUGAUCAGAUUUUGACUCGUCUGAUGGAUUCCGGGCUGCGCACUUCGCGCAUUGGGUUCUCUGCGAAGGUGUCCGUGGACGUACAUUCAGUGAUGCUGGAGACGCUCAUGGGGGAAGACCCCACCAUAAACAAAAUAGAAACCGAGAGAACGAAGAUUUUGCGACAGUUGGAAACUACGUUCGAACUUAAACAAAAAACAUCACUUUUGAACCGCUUAGAAGUUCUGAAGGCGAAUGAAAAAAAGGCUAUCAAUUCCAUCUUGUCAGGCCUCGAUGUGGUAUGCUGCACAUGUAUGGGUGCAGGUGAGAAAAUUCUUCACAACAUCAAAUUUGGAUUGGUGGUGGUCGACGAGUGCACAAAUAGUACCGAACCAGAUGUGCUGGUGACACUAACUAAGGCCAGGAAAGACGGUCAGGUGGUGUUGAUUGGCGAUCACAGACAGCUGCCGCCCACCGUCAUGACUCAGGAUCCCAAGGCAAUGCGUAUUCUCAAUUUGUCGCUCUUCGAACGACUGAGAAAUCUGAAGACGGACCCACCGGCAGCGCUGCCCAAAGUGCACGCAAUUGCCAAAGAAGUUGCGCUGACUAUGUUGGGAAUACAGUACCGCAUGCAUCCAGCUAUUGCGCAGUGGCCUGCUACCAUGUUCUAUCCAGAAGGUCUGCACGACGGCGUUCUCGCAAGCCAGAGACUGCCUGUAGAUGGCUUCCCCUGGCCCAAAUACCAGUCAACUGGCAUCAAAGAACAGUGCGAACUCCGAAACGACAAGGAAAACGUGGACCAAAUGACAAUUGGGAGUGUAGCACCGAUACUGGUGAUCAACAUCGAGGGACAAGAACAGACAAAAGGUUCUUCCUGGUAUAACGAUAUCGAAGCCCAGGCAUGCAGUGCCAUAGUUAACAAAUUGGUGGCGAAUGGAAUGAUUCCUGCAAACAUUGGAGUUAUCACACCUUACACAGGACAAGUAGCCAAUAUCACCGAGAAAAUCGACACGUUAGGUGCCAAACUACAGACAGUAGCCGCCACACCUGGGGUUCUGAAGAAUGGGCACGUUGAGGUGCAGACUGUAGACUCGUAUCAAGGUCGCGAGAAAGAAGUAAUCGUCCUCUCAUGCGUGCGUUCGAGUAAAAAUACCGGUGUCGGCUUCUUGAAGGAUAAACGUCGAAUGAAUGUAGCUUUGACGAGGGCCAAGCGUGGGCUGGUCGUACUUGCCGACAUCAAAACUCUUAACCGCAAUGUCACCUGGAGAACGUACUUGACCUGGGCGACGGCCAACGGACUGGUGAAGAACUGGGGGGAUGUUGAGGCAGCUAUCUGGUGA